AUGGCGCGAUCGUCCAGGGAGGUCAGAAGAGGGAACAUGCAAAAAGUAUCGAAACAUGUCCGCCGCUGGAAGACUGUAAUGCACAUUUUGUCCACGUCGCUUUCGCGUUGCGAGCAACGUCCGCUCUUGCUGGCACACCACAAUCCCACGCAGUCGUUCUUGCUUUCUCACUCCGUCACCCUCCGCGCCAGCCUUUCGCAACUAACAAGCGCCCAGAGGCAGGUCUGAAGCACCUCACCUUCCUCUCCAGAAAUGGCCUCGAUGUCGUGGGCACGCAUCGAGGCGCGUGCUCGCUUCCUCUACGACGAAAUUUGCUCAGAGGUCGCAAACCGCGACUGGCGCUCACCCCCCCGCCCGUGGUCUCAAUUCAUCGAAAAGUUCACCACACCGCGGAGGGACCCCAAGACCAUCGGCAACCGCAUCGUUCUUAACUCCCACAUCUACCAGGCCAACUACUGCAUCAUUCUCGGUGCUGCACUGCUCUACUACGUUCUGCGCAGGCCAUCUUCCGUCUUUGUUGUUGGCGCCAUCAUCGUGGGAUGGGUGUACGCGACGUCCCCCUCCCCGUUGAUGGUCAACGGAAGACGAGUUACUCGGAAGGAGCGCUUCUUGGCUUUCGCUGUUCUCUCUGUUCUCGCUCUUCUUCUAUCGGGUGUUUUGUUCUCGUUCAUCAGGAUUGUUGGGCUCGCGCUCUCGAUAUGUGUCACCCAUGCAACCAUGAGACACACUAGCUUGCGCAACAAAGUGGGCGAAAUUCGAUCCCAUAUGGCAGACCGCUGGUGAGGCCCGUACGUGACCAGUUGCGUUUCGCCGCUUGCCGUUUCUCUUCGUCAAGCCUCACGCCGCUUUGCGUUGGAACGAAACGAAACGAAUCCUUGCCCUCCUCAACUACUCUUAUAUACUUGCUCACAGAUCGCUCCUUCCGACCACUGAAAGAACGACCGCCUUUCCAUGUCGCGUGCCCCCUGCGUGCCCAGUCGCGGCCAUACCUCCAUCCAACAUGGCGAAGGUUCUGCGCGGCGGCAAGUGGGGCACUGUCCCUCGAGGCAUUGCUUCCUGUUCUCAGACGCCCACUCAAACGGAAGAAGAUCAGUCGCACGCCCCCAUUGAGGCCGAUCAACUCGAACAAGGUAUGCACCUCAAGACGCAUCGUCACUUGCUUCCAGUUAUUGUCUUUUCAUUCGUUUCUGACGGUUCCCGGUAGGCGCUUGCCCCGCCUGGCCCCUUGAUCUCGGUCCAUCUGCAGAUUCUGGAACCAUUACCGCGUUUGUCGAGGAAAAGAAUCAUCUGGGCGUUGCGUGCUAUGACCUUGCGUCAAGCGAGAUCUACAUUUCAAAGUAUGUCUUCGCGUCAUAUUUGUAUUCUUCGUUUUAUUUAGCUAAGUGUUUCGAGGUGGCUAACCGAUAACCUGUGUGCUACCGCUCCUGCUUAAACUUGUUUAUUUUAA